AUGUUUCCGGUUUUUCUAGCCGGUCUAGCCGGAUCGGAUUGGUGCAUUGCGGUAGGAGCUAUUUUAAUCGUUGUGCUGAUUCUGCUUGACAUCUCCGAUGACACGGCGCAUUUUCAUUCGUGUUUCAGUGUGAUGUUUCCGGUUUUUCUAGCCGGUCUAGCCGGAUCGGAAAGAGCAAUCAUCGGCGGCUUACAGGUGACAGUCGCCGCCAACACCCUCUACGCUCCUCCCUAUUUUUAA